AUGAAAGCCUGUUCUAGGCGUUUUCGGGAGUCACUUCCGAAAACCAUCAUUGUCGUAGCCCCUCUCUGUGACUUGGUUGCAUCUAUUUUAGGGAUGCUUAAAGUCGCCUUUGUGAAGAAACUGGCUGUGUCAGGCACGUGUCUUCGUCUGCUCUCAUCCCUAGGACAACACGAAAGCGUGAUCGUCUCUCGGAGGGGUCGAGAUUGUCAAAUUGGCCUUGUUCAGCUUAAUAAACCCGAAUCCCAUAAUGCCCUCUCGCCCAAUCUGAUUGACCAAUUAGCGUCCAGUGUUGAGGAACUUGACGCCGAUGCCUCCAUUCGCUGUCUUGUCCUGACGGGCAGUGAAAAGGUCUUCUCUGUCGGCGCUGAUGUGAAGCAUUUAGCUAGCUUGGAGCCUUCCGACGUGGCAACAGAGGAUGUACUGCACAAGUGGGAUGUCCUUGCGUCCGUCAAGAAGCCCUUGAUCGCCGUGGUAAACGGUCCAGCCUUGGGUGGAGGCUGCGAGUUGGCAAUGAUGUGUGACGUAAUCUACGCGGGAGAGAACGCUCGCUUCGGUCAGCCAGAAAUUAAACUGGCCACGAUCCCAGGCGUCGGCGGUACACAACGACUAAUCCGUGCAAUUGGAAAGUCGCGCGCAAUGGAGAUUAUCCUUUCAGGUGAAUCAAUCUCGGCCAAGAAGGCAUACGAAUUCGGUUUGGUGAGUUGCAUCCAUCCGGUAUCAGAGGUUUUGGAGAAGGCGAUUAGUCUGGCAGAGCGAAUCUCCGUCCACUCCCUACCCGCGCUGAUUACUGUCAAGGCGGCGGUCAAUUCAGGUAGGCGGCGUUGCUAUGGGCCAAUCGAUAAGCUCCACGCUGCAAUUGUCUCGCUUCAUCGAAUCAAUGAGUUGCGUUGGCACCCUCUGAUUUUGAAUAUCGAUUUAAGUAAGAGAUUAGGAGUCUCACUUGCAGUCAAUGGCCAUACUCUAUAUAUUUUCGGCGGUUGCACACCGGAACUUACUGCAAUGAACGACCUCAUUACUCUUGAUCUUCUUACCUUGAAGUGGAUGCGCGUCGCUACUCAAGGUAAUGUAAUGCUUUUUUCGCUAUCUCGUUGUGCUCUGAUUACUGCUUCCCUUUACAUUGAAGUAAUUAUGUGGUACGGAAUCUAUUUUACUUUUUUGUACUACUGUACCGUCGGAAAUCAUCGCCUGGUCUCCGUGAAUGACCUCUACAGCUUUUGCCCCAAGUCGAACACCUGGACCCUGGUGCUUCAGCACGAAAAGGGUCCUCCCUUGUCGAAGUACUGUAACGGCGUUUUCCUGCCGCCCGUGGACACCGAAUCGGACACCUAUCCUCCCCUCCUGGUGCUCUCUGAUGGCUCGAAUGAGCGAGUCUAUCCGUAUGCCCUUCUGCCGGAGACGGGCCGCUGGUUCCCCAUUCCGCCGUGUCCCCACCGCGCCCCCCCAGCCGGCGGCCCCGCUGGCCACCGGGGUCCGUCCCCCUAUCGACCGGCGAUGUGCGCGCUGGGCCAAAAGCAGGUCCUUGUGGUGUGUCGCGGUGUCACACAACCCAGUGUCUGGAUUCUCAGCCGUAGCGACCGCCGGCCUAAUCAAGUGAGCCUCACAGUGUCGUGGACGUGGACCCAAGUGCGGAUGCAGCCUCCCAGUGUCGCAUCGGCCGUCCCACCGGCCGAUGUCCACCACUCCGUGGCCGUCCCUCUGCCUAGCCUUCGUCCCCAGGCCUGGCCAACCGUGCUGUUUGUGAGCACGAUGGGGUCUUCUGUGGUCCGGACACAACUGAACCGCAAUCGGCGGUCCAGGAUGAAUCGCCGCCCGAGUCGUAUCGGGGGCCCCGUUCUCCGUUCUCCCUCCGCCUCCUCCUCUUCCCCUAGGGGUCCUCCUUUUCCGCCACCGACACCCAACCCCCUCAUAAAGGUGUUUGUUGAGCUUCCCGGCCAGCCACUCAGUGGUGCCAUUGUCCGACGGGUCCCCUCUGAGGGUGUCGCUCCGCCUCCAUCGAUUUCGUCAACUUCGGCCAAAUUGCAGUCCCCUGACAUCAGCGAGGGCGGUUUCGUCGGUGCCAACUCCUCCGCGUCUGAACGAUUGUUGGCCGCGUACGCCCUCUGUCUGCUGCCAGCAGGCGAUGAACCAACAGCUGUCGUCGGACAUUGGAGCGGUCCUUCUGCCAACUCCCCAGUUCCCAACUACUUCCCACGAGAGCAUCGCUACUUCUCCUGUGUCUACGCGCUCGGCUCUCUCCUCGUCCUGGGUGGCAAAUCGGUAGACCCGUUGGACACCGACGACCAGAGAACCUUCCAGAUGUGGGCUGUUCAUGGGAAGAACCUCGUUUGUGGCUUUGCCGAGCACAUCUAG